AUGGACGACCAAGCAUGUCCACGUUGUAAAACAACAAAAUAUAGAAAUCCCUCGUUAAAACUUAUGGUCAAUGUUUGUGGUCAUGCCUUGUGUGAAAGUUGUGUUGAUUUACUAUUUUUGAAAGGAUCGGGAUCAUGCCCUGAAUGUAAUGUACCGCUUCGUCGAAGUAAUUUUCGAGUACAAUUAUUCGAAGACUCCAUGGUAGAAAAAGAAAUUGAUAUACGCAAACGGAUUCUAAAGGAUUUUAACAAAAAAGAGGAAGACUUUACAACGCUAAGAGAGUAUAAUGAUUAUUUAGAAGACAUAGAAUCAAUAAUAUAUAAUCUAGUAAAUAAUAUUGAUAUAAUUAAUACUAAUAAGAGAAUAGACCAAUAUAAGAAAGACAACAAAGAGCUAAUUUUGAAGAAUAAAGCAAAAAUUGGGCGUGAAGAAUUAGAGUUAGAAGAAAUUUUAGAAAUUGAAAAACAAAUGGAAGACAUUCGAAGGGCAGAAGUAUUAAGGGUGGAACAGGAAACUAAAAAACAAAAGAUAAGAGAAAAGGAGGCGUUGAUUGAUGAGUUAAUGUUUGCCGAGGGUGAUGCAAAAGAAAUACUUAACACAUUCUCACAGAACUUAGCUAGUAGGCAAGAGGAAAUAGUCCCUAUUUUACCUAAAGUAACCCAAUUCUCAAGUGGUGUUAAAUUUUCAAGAGGAUCCGGCCAGCAAGGACUACCUAUAAUAGAGGAAGGACCGUUGUACAAAUAUGAACCUCUUGCUAUCCCAGACCGGUGUGGUCCCGAUCCACCUUCUCUUCAAGAUAUAGUGAAUAAUGGGUAUCUGAAACAUGUACGGGCAGAGACAGAAACAGAGAAGACCGGAGGUUAUUCUUCCACACUGCCUUGUUUACGUGCUUUACAAGACGCGUUAACGGGUUUGUAUCACUCAAGUUGA